AUGCGUCUGGUUAACUUUAGAAGAAAAGAGCAUAGUGCUGCACUUUCAGUCUAUGUUAAUGGGGAUCACAAUUUAUUACAAACACUAAACAAAGCAAUAGAGACAAUGGGUGGAAAUGUAAGCAUCUAUGAAGACCACUUCCACUUCAAGUCUCUUCAUUUCCUGCUGAUGGACUCCAUGAGGCUGCUGAAGCCAAAGGAGUGCAAGAACUUUUAUGUUUUUCAAGAUGGUCAAAACCAACCAAAGAAAGGCUCCACAGUGAGAUUUCCAAGUUUCACCUUAGCUUAUUCAGACUAUGAAGAGCUGAAGAGAUUUGAAGAUGUCAAUGAGAAUACUAUUUUAAAUCUCACUUCUUGCUUCUUUGUCAACCUGAAAGACUAUGUGUGCGAUCAAGAACAGGAUGAAAUACUCUUAUCUCCAGCAGAAGUUUUCACUGUGGAACAAGUGAAAACAAAAACUACAUCGGAUGGUGAUGAAUACCUUGAGAUUGAUUUAAGCCACUCAGGACUGAAAAGCUCACACAACUGUUACAUCUUUCCAUGGAGGUCAGGAGGGCAAGAGACUACCACAGCUGUCACAGAGCAAGUCAGUCUUCCAGGAGGGCAGAAAACUACCACAACUGUCACACAGCAAGUCAGGUAA